GGCCUUAUCGAGAAUUGGAAAGUGAGGUUAUUGAGCUAAUGGUGGUCUGUGCAUUGAUCUUUUUCUGUCAUUUACGUAAGACACAAGUGUCUUGUACAUGUGUACCUCAUCUACCCUUGUCGGAUUCGCAUGUACAUCUGUAGUUGAGGCUUGGCAGGUACGGGCUACGUAUACCAGACCUUCAAAAAAAAGUUAAGUGGCCGUUUGAGACAGGAAAGAGCAAUAGCAAGACAUUGUCAGUAUUAUUUACUUUCCAACUGUCAACUCUUCAGCUAGAGUUUCUACUUACCUACCUAGUAUAUCCGAAUUUCACCAAGGUCACCAGCUCCUCAUGCGCGGCGAGUUUCUUGCUGUCGCCAUCUUUUCUUCUUCUCUUGUUCUCGAAGCCAAUUAAUCACAGAGACUCCGUCAAGAUGAACUCGUUAACAUCAUUCCUCUUCCUGCUCUUUGCUGCCAUUGUGCAUGCGAUUAGCUCCAGUGGGGACAGGCUGCUGGUUGUCCUGGACGAUGUUGCCGAGAAAGAGACAUACUCUAAAUUUCUGGGUGACUUGGAAAGCCGCGGAUUUCAGGUUAACUACGAAACACCAAAGAGCGAAGGUUUAAACCUGUUCCACCUCGGCGAGAAGUCUUACGACCAUGUUCUGUUCCUCCCCACAAAGUCAAAGGGUCUUGGCCCCAACCUCACACCCAAUAUUCUGCUCGAUUUUAUAAAUGCGAAUGGCAAUAUUUUACUUGCGCUUUCAGCCUCUCAAUCUGCCCCAACCUCGAUUGUUUCUCUGCUUCUCGAAUUAGACAUUCAUUUACCCUCCGACAGACAGGGUCUUGUGGUCGACCACUUCAACUACGACCAACUGUCCGCAGAAGAGAAACACGAUGUGCUUAUUCUACCCGCCCCGGGACCUCUGCGGCCAGGUGUUAAAGACUUCUUCAGCUCCGACCUGCCCGUCGGAGGAGUCAUUGCUUUCCCUAACGGAAUGGGCCAGACCCUCGGCCAAAGCCCCCUUCUUACCCCGAUCCUCCGCGCUCCCUCCACAGCUUAUAGCUACAACCCGAAAGAGCAAGCCGAAUCCCUUGAUGACGUCUUCGCAGCCGGUGCGCAGCUAUCCCUCGUAAGCGCCAUGCAGGCUCGCAACUCGGCCCGAUUUACUAUCAUUGGUUCUGCCGAGUUGCUGAGCGACAAGUGGUUCGACGCCAAGGUGAAGAAGGUUGGUGAGAAGCAAGAAGUCAGUACUGUUAAUCGCGAGUUUGCCAAGCGAUUGGCAGGUUGGGCUUUCAAGGAGAUUGGCGUCUUGAGAGUCAAUUGGGUUGAGCACCACUUGAACGAAGUGGGCCAGAGCAACGCGAGCAACCCCAAGAUCUACCGCAUUAAGAACGAUGUUACCUAUUCUAUCUCCCUAUCUGAGUACUCCUGGGACAAAUACACCCCCUUCACUGUCCCCGAAUCCGACGACCUACAACUGGAAUUCAGCAUGCUUUCACCUUUCCACCGAUUGAACCUAGAGCCUGUCAUUUCGUCUGAUGAUAGCACCACGUAUUCCACAUCCUUCAAGUUGCCAGAUCAGCACGGCAUCUUCAACUUCAAGGUCAACUACAAACGCCCCUUUUACAACAACAUUGAAGAGAAGAACACAGUUUCUGUGAGACAUUUUGCUCACGACGAAUGGCCCCGCAGUUUCGUAAUCAGUGGUGCCUGGCCCUGGAUCACCGGUAUUGGUGCGACGGUCACCGGGUGGCUCGGCUUCUGCGCUCUUUGGCUAUAUAGUAAACCAGCCAAGAGCGGAGAGAGCAAGAAGACACAGUAGUGGGGGGAGAGUAAAGAAAUGUAAUAUGAGAUGAUUCAUGGGAUGGAAAUUCAGUAGAUGAAAAAGAAAAAUCUGCCGUGAUGAGUGUCCUAAUGAAAGGGGGGAAGGGGGUGGGAAUGGAAAACGGACAUUGAGCAUGUCAUGACAUGAGAGGGAAGACCGUUACGAAUGAAUAAAACAAAUGAAAUCUGUAAUGUAAACAUGCUGUUGGUGUCGGGUUUCGUGAAUGAUUGUUAAAUCAGUGAGUGAGCUGCAUAAGUGAUGUGAAGAAUCUCAAGUUG